UGUGAUCGUCCACCUGGUCCGUGUGGAAGCAGCUGCAGCUCCUCACUGAACUCUGAGCAUCUGACUGACUGAACACCUGCGAACAUUUUCUACUAAAACUAAAACCGUCCCGCCUCCUCCGACCCUCCUGGAAAAGUGUUUUUCACCUCUGGAUGUUUGUGGCCUGAGGAUGGAGAAGUACGAGAAGAUCGGGAAGAUCGGAGAGGGCUCCUACGGCGUCGUCUUCAAGUGCAGGAACAAAGACACGGGGCAGAUCGUCGCCAUCAAGAAGUUUGUGGAGUCCGAGGACGACCCCAUCAUCAAGAAGAUCGCACUGAGGGAGAUCAGGAUGCUCAAGCAACUGAAACACGCCAACUUGGUGAAUCUGAUCGAGGUAUUUCGGCGUAAACGAAAGCUUCACCUGGUGUUCGAGUACUGCGACCACACGGUCCUCAACGAGCUGGACCGACAUCCCAGAGGGUGCGUGCGUCUCCUCAAUAACAGCAAGCAAAACUGAAUUUAUAAAGCACAUUUCAUUCCAGGUGAAAGCACACAAACUCUAUGUGGACAGUGUAAAGAUCAAAUAAUAGACAUGAGUGAACACAAUUGAAACACACACAUAAA